AUGCAAUUCUCGAGGAGGUGGUGGGAAGAGUCUCCACUCUUGGAAAGAGGCGGCGCGUCCUAUACCGAUCGCCCCACACGUAGGGUAAUUUAUCCAUCCUAUGGCAUUGGGAAAUCGAGCGGGACCAUUAUUGUCAGCUACACUACAAGUCAAGAUGCGCUGCGUCUCGGGUCUCUAGCAGGCGGCAAAGGCACGCACGCAGAGGAGCGCCUUAAGGAUGUGAUACUGAAGGAUUUGGCUGACAUGCAUCACGGCAUUGUCUCGGUCGAGACGCUGCGCAGUCUGCUGGUUGACUACGACGUCUGGUCUUGGUAUAACCACGAGAAUUCUGCUGGUGCAUUCGCUGAAUUUGCGCCGGCUCAAUUCAGAGAUCUCUACCCGAAGGUAACGACACCACCCGGUGGCAUUCUCCAUUUCGGCGGGGAGGCGACCAGCGUCCAUCAUGCCUGGGUGCUGGGUGCUUUGAACAGUGCUUAUCGAUGUGUGAAGGAAAUCCUCCUGUCCGAUAUCAGGCGCAAAGAGCUCAUCGCGAAAUUGGAGGAACUGUGGGGCCUAGAUAGCGAGCUCACUACCGAGCUUGUCACCAACCAGGUGAUCGUGGGGCAGAAUCCUUCAGAGUUCAAGUUCGUCUUCAAGCCAACGGGUAGCCUGGAUGGCGUGAAAGUUCAGCCCCGUAUCCCCAAGCGGCUUGCUAUGUUGUUACUCAUCGGGCAUCACAGUGACCCCGAUUCUGGGUAA